AUGAACAGUAAUUCAAUCUUCGAAAAUCUGAGCGAUUUCUCAAAUUCGUACGUGGACAGAAUUCACAGGAGGGAAGAGGACGACGACGCCAAUAUAUCGUUCCUGUGCAAGAGGAAGGAAGAAGUUCUACAUAAUAGAAGGGUGAAUAUUGAUAAUUUACUCCUAAAUAGUGAGUACAAUUUCGUAGCGCAGUUAGACAUAGUUAAUAAGCACAUCCCUGUGGAACCCUACACACCAGACCUUUCUCAUCAUGUGAGGGGAACUAAACGGAGUGACAAAAGGUUUGGUGGUGCAGAUGGGGACCCAAGCCGGCAAAGGAUGCGGCCGAAAAUGACCUCCAAAGUGCUGCUGCCCCCAGUGGGGCAACUGGUAAGGAAAAAGGCCGAGAAAAAUGCUAGGCAAAGCAUGAAGCAAGCGGUUAAACAAAGGAUCGCGCAAACAAUGCGAAACAACUCAUCAGAAGAGGUGGGUCUAGGGAUACGAGAGAACACACCUCAAGCGUUAGAUCGAGGAACACGACAGAACACACCUCAAGCGGUAGGUCGAGGAACACGACAGAACACACCUCAAGCGGUAGGUCGAGGGAUACGACAAAAAACACCCCAAACGGUAGGACAAGAGGGUAGGCAUGGCGAGGAACCCGGGGAGAUGCAUACAAACGAACGAGACCAAGAAGUGAGCGAAGAAAAACAUCUCAGCAGCCCCACUUCUUGCUCCGACUCGUAUGACAAAAAUAUGUACAGCAAUUAUUAUCUACUGAACAAAAGUUGCGCCUACUUAAAGUCAAAAUGUGUUAGGGAUACAGUUUUAGAUCCAUAUACAAUGGAGGUGGAGGAACGGAUCAAUGGAAACCACCAGGCUAAUCUUGGUGAUGAAAAUGAUGAGAAAGAUUGUCACACGUGUGUCGAGAGUUAUCCUUAUGAUAACGAAAAAGUGCCUAAAAAAAGGGCGUUCCAUUUCAAAAUUGAUAAGGAAGAAAAAGAUUCCGAUUUGGGAACAUAUAAUGGUAAUGUGAGCUCGGACAUAUUACUAUAUAAUAGCGAAUGUGAUGAUGGAAAGUACCCGGAUAAAAUAGAGACAUAUGAUUCUUUAAAAGAAUGUGAGUAUGAAAAUGGCACCAAUUCUGCGGACCGAACAAAAUACGACGAUGAUGCAUCAUCUUUCGAGAUGCUACACAUUUUUGAGAACGAAAAAGACACCAACAUUUCAGAUAUAAAAAAUUUCUCCAUGCGCACACAUUGCUACAGACACAGUGGAGAAAGGUAUGCAGAGCAAAAAAAAGCAUCAUCGAGUAACAUGUCUCAAUUGAUGAAAAUAAAAUUUCUAAUAAAUAAAAGAAAAAAUUCAUCCAACAGAAAAAAUGCAAGUUGCCCAUUUUGUGAUCAUAAAAAUAACAACAUAUUUGUAAAAUUCCUCACGGCUGAAAUAAAAAUAGAAACAAAGAUAUACAAGUUAAUUUUAUUUCUCUACCUUUUGAUACUAUUGUCACUCUUUAAGGAUAUAUCUAAUUACAUAGUUAUUACAAGAAAGUGCUACAACAUAUAUGAAAAUCCAAUAAAAUCUAUUAAAAGAAUAUUAAAAUGUGUAAUUUGGGCUUUAAAAAUUGGGUAUAAAUUCACUUGUCCAUUUAUUCUGUAUCUGUUAUCAUUUUUUGGUGUAAUAAUUUUCCGCACUUUUUUACUUCUCAAUAUUCCUAUCUUCCUUUUGUUACUUUAUUGCAAAUUUUUUCUGAAAAAUGAGGAUUCCACUGUUAAGCUGUACCUCCUUUUUGUUGUCAACAUGUACAAGUAUAUUGUUUUCCAUCUUGUUCACAUUUUAAAGAAUUAUUCCAAUCACAUUUGUUUUCGUGAUUUUUUGUCUGUCCUUUGCGUAUCCUUUCAUUUCAUUUUUGUUUCCCUCUAUCGAAUUGUCCACAGAAUUUACACUAAUAAAAUUCGUUAA